UGCAAUGGCAACAGGUUGUGUUUGUGUUUUGAGAUUUCUGAAACAUAUUUGAUAAUAUCGUGUUAUUGACUAUUGAACAUUGACAAAUCUAUUCUGUUAUUUGUCCAAUAACUUUAUUACAAUUUAAAGAUAUUAUAAUUUAACUACCCAGUCUUAAACAUGGAAGAUUUAUCGCAGUCUACUGAUUUGCAAUAUCAACAAACUGAUCCGGGCAUUCCGAUACAUCAACCUAUGGAUACGGAUGCGGAAAAGAUUCCAAACACAAAUAUACAGCCGUCAGAAAAUGCCGGCCCUCAAAGUGGUAAACAUGAAGAAUUUUCCGUCGAGAAAGUUCUGGAUAGAAGGAUUAAAAAUGGAAAAGUGGAAUAUUUACUUAAAUGGAAGGGUUACUCUGACGAAGAUAAUACUUGGGAACCAGAAGAUAAUCUAGAUUGUCCCGAUUUGAUAUCUGCAUAUGAAGAAGCUCGCUUGAAACGAGAGCGCGAAGCAGCUACUAUUCCUGACUUGGAAGAAGGUCAUUUGACACGCAAAAGGGCUAAAAGAGGAGAUAAGAAAAAGAAGGUCGAGGAAAUUGAAAAACCUAGAGGUUUAGCCAGAGGUUUGCAGCCAGAGAAAAUUUUAGCCGGUCAACUGUUUCAUGGCACACUUUACUUCUUAGUUAAAUGGCAGGAGUGUCCAGAAAUGGAUGUAGUUCCCGGACAUGAUCUCGGUCAGGCAUAUCCGGACUUUGUUAUCAAUUACUAUGAACAGUGUGCACCGUUUAGUGUCAGACAUCCUGUUGGGAGAAUACCGAGACCUGCUCCUGAGUUGCCGCCAUUAGAACAACCACAACCAGCUCCCGAGACUCCAAUGGAUGUGAGUCAAGAAGCGAGUCUCCCGAGCACUUCAUUAACUUCAAUUGAAACAGAUAUUCCGGCUGAGCUGCCAGAAACUCAAACCCAGCCACCAAUCCCCGAAGCAGACACACAGCCUAUCGAAGUACCAGUCAAUUGAUGCACACAGCACAUUGUUCAUGAAUCACUGUUGUUGACUUAAAAAUGUUGAAUAUAUUUAUGUAAAUAAAAUUUAAUUUACAAUAUAAUUAAAUCUUAUAUAAAAAGAUUUUAUUAUGUAUUAAUUUUAAUGACUAAGAAUAUGCUGUGGAAAAUAUAUAUCUUAUUCCUGGAAUAGAUGAUAGAUUAUAUGACACAAUAUAACUAUAAUAUGCGAUGGAAAUGUUAUAUAUUGUAGUUAUUUCCAAGUAUGUUUAUUGAUGCCCUGGAUAUAUUUUGCUAUUGUUAUAACGAUGAAUGCGUUUGGGUUGAAUAAUUAAAUUCAUAGUACUUUGCUAUGGAAGCAAUUAUUGAUUAUGUUUUUUAUAUGAAUAGAAGACAAAGUAUUAAGUUAUUCAUGCUUUCAUGAUAAUGAGUUUUCAAUCAAUGUCUAUUCUACACAGAUGGAGUCCUCAAUAGGAAAAAUGUCAAAAAAAAAACUACAUUAACAUUGUAUUUGAAUAAAGGUUUAAAUGACAGUGUGAAUUUAAAACAAAUAAAGAUUUUAUGUGA